AUGUUCACCUAUCUGAAUCCUGAAAUACGUCAACGUCUGAUUGCCGAAGGUAAACUGGUACGUCUGGAUGCCGAUGGUCAACUCAUCGACGUGCAUACACCGGAAGCGCCAGGUGAACUGGCCAUAAAUCUGUUGGGACCGAUUCCACUGCCCAUCGCGCUGCCAUCAACACAGGCGACGGUGCAAUGGUACGCCGCGGUGCGCAGUACGGAACUCAGCCAGGUUGAGACGCUGGCGUCGGAGUUGCGCGCCAGAGGCGGACAGCAACUGUUUUCCCAUCUGGUUUCACCGCUGGCGGUGAACAGUGUGCUGGUUGUGGGUAACCCCACGGAGAAUCCACUGGUGCGGGUACACAGUAACUGCCUCACUGGAGAUGUGUUUGGCUCUCAGCGCUGUGAUUGUGGCCCACAACUUGAUGCCGCUAUUGCGCGCAUGCAUGCUGAUGCGGCGGGUGGCUAUCUGGUCUACAUGGCCGGACAUGAAGGUCGCGGAAUAGGCCUGUGGGCAAAAGCUGCAACUUAUCUGUUACAGGACGCUGGAGAGGACACCUACGAAGCCAACCGUUCGCUGGGCUUGCCUGAUGAUUCCCGCGACUUCACCGAUGCGGCUGUACUGAUCAAACACUUUGUUGGCGCAGAAGCAUUUCGUCUGCUGACAAACAAUCCCAAAAAGAUUGAAGACCUGCAACAUUUUGGCCUGCGGGAUAUCACUCAGGAAAAACAUGUCACCGGUGUCAGUCAAUGGAAUAAGCGGUAUCUGCACGCUAAACGGUCCUGGGGUCACAAGCUUGAUGACGAGGACAUAUAG